CCAGGGAUCUUCUUCACCGAUGAAGGAUGGAAAUGAUCUACCAAUCAGUGACACAUCAGUGAAGUUUGAGAGCUUCCACACACACCCUCCAGCUGUCGUUCACCAAAAGUCGUAUGACGGAAAGCUAGUAUCCACCCAAGGAACCUCCUCAAACCCAGUUUGGAAUAUCGGGACCAAACGUCAAAAAUUGGUUCACCGGUGUCCUUCAAUCCUGGCCCUCGUACAAAGUUUCCUGCAGAUGAUUAUUGCUGUGGCCAUCAUUCGUGCUGGAAGUCCGGCUCUUGUAGCAGGCAGCGAUAUCACCGAACGGGUCAUGCUACAGGCAGGUAAACCUGGUGUAGUCCCAUUCCAUCUCCCUUGGCCACCUAAUAGUACAUCCCACGGUUAUUUUACGCUUGGAUUUAAAUCUAUGCCUCGUCCAUUCUGCAUUAAUGGAACAGUUGAUGUCAAGGGCUUUAAAAGCUUCUCCCAGGUACCAAGAUUUACCACCUCAGUCACAGAUUUAGACACUUCUCCCUGCGUGAAUCUGAUUAUAGAUAACGUUGAUAGUCUAGACGAGGAUGGGUACGUUUUAAAGGCAGUCUGGAAUAGUUUUGAAAACGUUAGGUAUGAAACUAUUCAGAAGGAGAUUGUUGUACAAAUUCCACCCGUACGAGCAAAAUGCUUCAUCACUUUAAGUGAAAAUGUUGAUUAUCCUUAUGAAGUACACUGUCGAGCCAUCACUGGAAGCGUUACAACCACGAUAUCAUGUUACCAGAAUGAUCAGAGGAUUGACGUCACGGGUGAUAUUACAGAUAACGGGCUAAUUACUAGAGGUAUAUUCUGGCUACACGAUUACACUCAUUUUUCUUGUUGCUCACAUGAUGUAACCUCAUAUGUGAAUGAAACAACGUGCAAUGACUUCGAGUGGCCACAUAGCAAAGAAACUACAAGGCAGAUUGUUAAUACUGUACCUACAUCGGUAACUACUCCCACACUCCAGAUAGAGUCUCAUACAGGGUCAGGGGCUUGUAGGCAGUCCAUGCUUCCUUCUAUGUGGCACUUCACAUACCUGUUCAUAUACAUCCUCGCUUUUGUUACAAUAUACUAAGCACAAAGUCUUCAUACGUGAUGUCACUUUCUUAUUUCACAAAAUAGUGUAAUACUAACAAAUAAAUGUGAACAUAUAUUAUCUUUCGAAUUCGAAUUUCAUUAAUGUAUACAAUGUACUAAUAUUCAUACUUAUCUGUCUUUAUUUGAAAGAAAAUGUCAAAAUGGCCUACUUUUCAAUUUGUUGUCAUGUGUAUGUAUGCUUUGUUUAAUAGUCUAUGGUCUGCUUUAUUUCCUCUGUGUGGCCAUGCCUUGAAUCAUAAUGCAUGGCCCUACAGAGGAAUAUUUCCUAUU